CUUGAUUUAGAGUUGAACUGAUCACCAAUCAGCUUGUGGAUUGAUGAUCAGCUGGUUUGGCUGCAGUCUGUUGAGACUAACCUGACCUCGUGACCAGAUGAUCUUUGUUGUACGUAACGGCGUCACGCUGUGGCCCCGCCCUCUCAUCCUCCUCAGCCUAUGGAGGAUUUAAUUGUUUUCUCCUCCCCUCUGCGUCCAUUAUCACGCUGAGGAACCGAGGUACCGCAGCGGGACACCGCGACAACACCAGGCCGAGCGAGAGGGCCGGACCGCCGGGGAGGAGCGGAGAAUGAGAGCCGCCACCGGGACGGAGAACCGACCGGAGCCGCCGCCGCUCAGGUUCCCCGGAGAAGGUGACAUGACUGCGGAAUAAACAGGCGAGAGGACGUCGCUGCGCCUGUCGCGGCUCUGUCAGGAUGCCUGGGCCGCCCGCCGGGGCCGGGACCGGGGCCGGGGCUGGGGCGGAGCUGCCGGACCUGAGCCACCUGACAGAGGAGGAGCGGAGCAUCAUCCUGUCAGUGAUGGAGAGGCAGAAGAAAGAGGAGGAGAAGGAGCAGAGCAUGCUAAAAGACCAGGAGGAAGUGAAACCUCCAUUUGCCUCGUGGAAUCUGUUCUCGGGGUUGACUCAGUUGGUCAAUAACGUUCUGCAGGUUAAAAGUCCAACAGACGACGAGUCACAGACGAAGUUACAUCAGCAGUUUGAGCUCUAUAAGGACCAGGUGAAGAAGCUGGGGGAAGAGUCUCAGGUCGCUCAGUCGGUUAGGGCGGAGUCUCCAACCUGUGGCGUCUGUCGAAAGACCAAGUUUGCCGACGGCUGCGGGCGCGCCUGCUGCUACUGUCAGAGCCGCUUCUGUGCCCGCUGCGGGGGGCGCGUCCCUCUGAGAGCCAACAAGGUGAUGUGGGUCUGUAAUGUGUGCAGGAGGAAGCAGGAGAUUCUCACUCAGUCGGGGGAGUUUUACUCCUUCGAUCACAGCUCACACGGGGUUCCAUACCCACUCAUGCAGGGGCCAUCAGGAGCCGUGGGGCCCUUGAGCAACGGAGCCACUGAGCGGAAGCCGAGCCCCUUGGGGUCAUAUUAUGAUGGUGGGGAGGUCAGGAUGCCUCGCUCACCCUCUGACCAUGGUCUGGACCCUCGCGCUCGCUCACCACACAACAACCACGGUAACAGGGAGGAGGAGCUUCGGGGCCGGAGGCGACCGAUCAAAGACGCUCGAGGUCGCUGGCACUCGCAGGACCACCCUCUGGACCAGGUUCAGGACGAGCAAGAUUGGAGGCGGCGGCAGGAGGAGGAGUUUCAGGCUCGUUACCGUAGCGACCCAAACCUUGCUCGUUACCCGGUGAAGCCACAGCCAAGCGAGGAGACCAUGAGGAUGUUGGCUCAGGUCGGCAGGGUUCGCCACCAACGCCGCCACAGUGAUGUCUCCCUGGCAACAGCCGAGCCUGUCCACCUAACCCUGAGACAUACAGCUCUCCAUCAGAAUCGGGUUCAGGGAUUGGCUGGAUCUGGGGGCCAGAGGUCAUUGUCUGUGGACCGGGUAGCCAGUCACCUUAGCCCAACAUCUCCACGCCACAGCCCGUUACCUCAGCAACACCUGGACCCAAGCGCCGCCUUGAAGAGGAAGCCAACCUAUGAGAGUGCACCACAGAGGAUCCGGUUGGGGAAAAUGCAUGUGAUUGGUAGCUUCAGCAGCUCAGAGGAGGAGUUAGUGACUACACCUGAGUACACCAGCUGUGACGAGCCCGACAGAGACAUGGAUGGCCAAUGGUGGGAUCAUGGGACCUGGCACAGCGAAGCAGCGCCCAUGUCUAUGCAACCAGUCACAUGGCAACCAUCCAAGGAUGGAGAGCGUCUGAUUGGUCGAAUUCUGUUGAAUAAGAGGAUGAAGGAUGGGACGGUUCCUGCUGAUACAGGAGCACUGCUGGGACUAAAGGUGGUUGGGGGAAAGAUGACCGAGUCUGGUCGCCUCUGUGCAUUCAUCACUAAGGUGAAGAGAGGAAGUCUGGCUGACACGGUGGGACAUCUGAGACCAGGUGAUCAGGUUCUGGAGUGGAACGGUCGGGUUCUCCAGGGGGCCACAUUCAGUGAAGUUUACAAUAUCAUCCUGGAAUCCAAACCAGAACCACAGGUUGAGCUGGUAGUGUCCCGACCAAUCAGAGAUGUUUCCAGAGUGACAGACAGCGCCCACAGCCAGCUGGACUCUAGUUCCAGUUCCUUCGACUCUCAGAAAGUUGGGCCAUCCAUCUCCGUCACGUCUCCUGUGAGCCCCAGCAUUUUGUCCGGACAGGUCUCUACUGCGAACAGGCGUCCUCUGGUUCCCAGAAUACAGCUGAAGCUGUGGUACGAUAAAGUUGGUCAUCAGCUGAUCGUAACUGUUCUCGGAGCCAAAGAACUUCCUGUCCGAGACGACGGCCGACCGAGGAACCCUUAUGUCAAGAUCUACUUCUUGCCAGACAGAAGUGAUAAGAGUAAGCGGAGAACAAAGACAGUGAAGAAGUCGGUGGAACCUCGGUGGAACCAGACCUUCAUGUACUCUCCAGUUCACCGACGGGAGUUCAGAGAACGAAUGUUGGAACUGACGGUUUGGGAUCAGGCCCGAGUCCGAGAGGAGGAGAGCCAAUUCUUAGGAGAGGUCCUGAUAGAGUUGGACUCGGCUCUGUUGGACGAUCAGCCUCACUGGUACAAACUGCAGCUUCAUGAUGUUUCCUCUGUGCCAUUACCCAAUGCCUCCCCCUACCUGCAGAGGAGAGGACUGCAGCCUGAAGACAUGCUGAGCAGCAGGAGGCUACACAGGUCUCAGAGGAUCAGUGACAGCGAGUUUUCAGAUUACGAUUGUGAAGACGGCAUCGGGGUGAUCUCAGACUACAGGCAGAAUGGGCGGGACUUCCAUAGCUCCACCCUUUCAGUGCCGGAGCAGGUAAUGUCGUCCAAUCACUGCUCUCGAUCCGACCUCGUCAGGAUGAGGUCACGGUCGCCAAGCCAACCACCUCCUCAGAGUCAGGACUUCAUUCCUGACUUCCCCUACGAACCUGAUGCCUAUGAUGAAGAACUCCUCAGGUACAGUCGUCAGAUGGACCGGCAGGAUUAUUACAGUCGCUCUCGGUCAGCUGACCAACGAGCGAUGACCUACCGCCCUGGCUACACACGCUCCCACUCCACGGACAGAGCAGACUCCUCCCACCUGAGCUCCAGACGCUCUGCCCCCCCCUCACCUGCCCCUACCAGGACAAAUGCACGAGGCGGAUCAACUCAGACCAGUCCAUCAGGAACGCCAGUCUGUGGCCGCCGAGGACGCCAGCUGCCCGUCAUCCCACCUAAAGGAGCUGGGGACAGAAAUGGAGAACCCUCUGACUGUGUGCAGACAGCCACACCCACCACAGGAGUGUCAACUGCAACUGCUCCGCCCAUGUAUCACCAGACCCCUCCCCCUUUCCACAAACAAGCCCCUCCCCUUGUCAAUCAUCAACCGCCACCUCUUAUACAAAUCCAAGCCCCGCCUCCUCCUAUAAGCACCCAAACCUACCCUCCUCCUGCACCUGCAACCACACCUGCACCUGCAACCAUACCUGCACCUGCACCUACACCUGCAACCAUACCUGCACCUGCACCUACACCUGCAACCAUACCUGGACCUGCACCUGCACCAAUAUCCACACCCACACCUUCCCAAACAGUGUCCCAACCUCCACCCCAAGCCCAGGCACCUAUUCAAGUCCCGCCCCCAGCCCCAGCACCUAUUCAAGUCCCGCCCCCAGCCCCAGCACCUAUUCAAGUCCCACCCCCAGCCUCGGCACCUAUUCAAGUCCCGCCCCCAGCCUCGGCACCUAUUCAAGUAACGCUCCCAGCACCUAUUCAAGUCCCGCCCCCAGCCUCUACAGUCCAUUCACAGCCACCUCCUGAACAUGCCCCUCCUCCUGCUCCAACACCUACCCCUUCACCUACCCCUUCACCUGCCCCUUCGCCUGCCCCCUCACCUGCCCAGCCUCCACAGACUCCAGAACCAGACAGACGCUCCGCAACACCUGGAGGGACUAGGAAAGGUGUGAUGAAGGAUCCGUCAAAGAUGAGGGACAGUCUGUCUUUCAAGUCAUCAGACAGUGAUGUCAGCGAUGUGUCAGCCAUGUCUACUGAAGUCAGAUCUGUCAGCAGGAUCAGUCAGGUGGAGGCUCUGCAGGGCCAAUCGGUGGAGGUGGGGUCGGGGUCAGAGGGAACACAGGAAGUAGUGGGGGCAGCUGAGGGUGGAGCUGUUUUGCAAAAGAGUGAAUCAGUGGAGGAAGGAGAGGAGUCGGAGCCUGAACCUGCAAAGGCAGCAGCGGCACCUGGAGCUCCCAUCACAAAGUCAUCGAGUGUUGGAGGAGAAAUUUGUUCAUUAGGGCGAAAUGACGAUGACGAUGACGACAAAAAACGACGCUCAAGCUUUGGAGCAAAGAUGAUGGGAAUGGUCGGACUGGGAAAGAAGAGUCAGAGUGCCUCACAGCUCAACCCUGAGGAGGAGGAGAAGAAGAAGAAAGUGGUGAGACUUCCUGUCCAGAGGAGUGUAGAAACCGGUCUGGCUGUCGAGUUUAAAUCUCGUUUCACCCGACAGCUGAGCCGUGACCCAGACGCCGAGGAUCCCAAACCUGGAGCUCUGAUAUUUCCAGGAGUGAAGUUGGCAUCAGACAAACAGUUCACUGGUUUCCUGGAGGGAUUAGGCCCCGCCCAGCUGGCUGGACGGCAGACUCUGGCCACACCCCCUAUGGGUGACAUCCAAAUUGGGAUGGUUUACAGGAAGGAGCGUCUAGACGUGGAGGUGAUCCGAGCACGAGGGCUGGUGGGAAAACAAGGCAACAAGAACACUCCAGCUCCAUAUGUGAAGGUGUACCUGAUGGAUAAUGGAAAGUGUGUGUUGAAGAGAAGAACUCGUUUGGCGAGAAAAACACUCGACCCUCUUUAUCAGCAACAGCUGCAGUUUGAGGAAAACCCAGAAGGAAAAGUUUUGCAGAUCAUCGUGUGGGGCGACUACGGUCGGAUGGAUCAUAAAUCCUUUAUGGGCGCUGCUCAGAUCUUAUUGGACGAUUUAGACUUGUCAAACAUGGUGAUUGGCUGGUUUAAACUGUUUCCUGCCACCUCAUUGGUGGACCCUGCUUUGGCCCCACUGACCAAUAAGGAGACAGAGGGCAGCAAGUCCUAGCGCCAGGGGCUCACACCAACAUUAUCGCCAUAGCAAUGAGCCUGGAGUGUACAGGAGGGGACACACUGCUGGGUGGAGCCUAAAACAGUCCCAUGAUCCUCCUCUGCUGCUGCAUGCUGCAUGAUGACACCACAACAGUGAUGUCACGGGGAGGAAGAGCAAGGCUCCGCCCCCUGAUGCUCAAUGAGGAAGUGACUCUGAGUGAAGGUGGAGCAACACAGCAAAGGAUGCCGAGAAAAGAAAAGACAAGAGGCCAUGUGACCUGCAGCUACCAGCCAAUCACAGCAGCUCCUCAGGAGUCACGUGACUGUUAGAGGCAUGUCCAGAGUCAUAGACCGAUUUCUGUGACCACACAGAAACAUGGCGGUCUGGAGACAUUAUGUUUUUGCAUGGAACAUUAGAACAUAAGAACAACUGUUAAAGAACAUGACAAAUAAAGUUAUUCUCAUUGCAGAAAAAUGUG